AUGUUUAGUGGAGGUAAUCGCGUUCAAGCUCCUAUAUUCAACGCAUAAGAAAGUUCACUCCGUCUUCGCCCUUAUAACAACAACCUUUCAGUUUUUACUCAGAAAAUCUGCAAUGAUCUUGGUCUAGGUGAGUCUGAUGUAUGCCUCUUUGAAACCAGAACUGCUUUUGAUUGCGUUCUCAGACAAAAAGUACAAAAGAAUGGAGCUAUUACUGACAAUUUAGGGCACUGCAGUUCUCACAUCGGCCAUAUGAAGAAUAAUAUUGGACAAGCAGGUCCAUCAAGAGCUGACUAUGACAAUGUUCUUGACAACUAUCUUGAUGAAGUCAAUUACAUGAGAAGGAGUUUCGUUUGA